GCGAGUGCGGCACGGACUCAGUCCUCCAGCGAACCCCACCGAGGACUUGUUGAUCCUGUGAAAUCCGCCGAGAGGUACCCUGGUCUCUUCCUGGUCGAGAGGUGUAACGGCGUUCCAGGCGAGCUGAUCGUUUUAGCGCCGAAGAUCAGUACACCUCUAGCGGCAUGAAGGCGUGUGCGGUGAUUACGCUGGUGCUUGUGGCGAACACGGCGUACAUCGGCGUCGAGGCGUGGGGUGGCCUCUUCAACCGCUUCAGCCCCGAGAUGCUGUCCAAUCUCGGUUAUGGCGGUCACGGUAGCUACAUGAACCGUCCUGGGCUAUUACAGCAGUCGCUCUCAGAAGGAUACAGCGGCAUGUACGGAGAAGGCGCGGAUGUCACGGAAGAACCUUGUUACGAAAGAAGAUGUGUGUACAACGACCACUGUUGCCCUGGCUCUAUUUGUGUGAAUCUUGAUGGAGUUGUUGGAACAUGCCUCGAGGAUACUGGAAUGAAACAAGGCGAAUUGUGUAGGAGGGACAACGAUUGCGAAACUGGCUUAAUGUGCCAGCAAAUUCCAGGACGCGACGCGAGAUCGUGUCAACCACCGACGACUUCGAACAAGCUAUACAAUGAGGAGUGCACUAUGUCGAGCGAGUGUGACAUCAGUCGCGGUCUGUGCUGUCAGGUGCAAAGACGACAUCGGCAGACACCUAGAAAGAUCUGUUCGUACUUCAAAGAUCCCCUGGUUUGCAUCGGCCCGGUGGCGACGGACCAGAUUAAAUCCGUGAUCCAGUACACCUCCGGCGAGAAACGGAUCACCGGACAGGGCAACCGGCUGUUCAAGCGGAUGCCGUUCGCCUAAACGCUCCGUUCUCGUAUCUGACGGCAUGAUGAAGGGGAAGUAUACUCUGAUAAGCUACGAGAAAAUCAAAUCCUCCUUUAGUCGUUGUGAAGAAUAUCUAGGAUAAGUCUGUCGACUCGACAUUAUCUCGAUUUCCUUCCUAGUCUGACACACACACACACACACACACACACACACAUACAUACACAUAUACACACACUCUCUCCUCCACGUCAACGAUACAUCGGGAAGAAUAUAGAUACACAUAUAUAUGACGACAGAGAGCAUUAAAAGAGCCAUGCAACAAGAAGUGAGAUUAAGUGUUACCUCGGGGAAUAGAGACUUGCGCAUGGCGCGAUGCGCCUUCGAGGUUACUUCCUCGAAUAGCGCGACUGAAAAAUAUAGCACACAUAUCAUAGUAGCCCGUCUCGUAGGUCUCUAAGGAAUAAGGGACACGCUAGCGUAAUCGUGAUAAGGAAGAGCGCGCGACGAAUAAAAGCACCGUUCGACGAAGGUGUUUCUUAAUGAUUUUUAGGGGUAAAGUACACGAUAUAUGGAUCGUUUGUGUGAGAAAGAAGAAGAAGACGGAAAGGAAAAAGAUUCAUCAGACUGUUCGUCUGUUGCCGGCCCGCCACCAGCUGAUGUUUCCUUUUCGAGACAUAGUGAGUGAUCAGUAAUAUCACUUAAUCGUUCGUGAUAAGUCGUGGUUACAGUAAUAAAGAUAAGUACGAGAAGAAGAACAGGGCGGGGAGGCGUGCACAAAUGAAGAUACGGAGUAGUUGUUAUCGUCGCAGUGUCAGCAUUGUUCAAUUCUGUUUCGAUAAUAAUGUUUUUGUUACGCCGUACAAAUUGGGAUCGAGAAAAUUGAUCUCACUCAGGAUUUCCCGAAUGACGGUGUAUUCUCAACAAAAACGCUGACACAACGAUAUUAUCGAAAUGAAUUACGAGUUCUAACUCACAUCUUUAGUUAAGGGUCGAAAGAUCCUAACAAAAGUCAGGAUGCCAGCAAUCUCACGGGCCGUGACGAGAGGUGCACUUUUCGGUUGCUGCUUUUGGGUCUUCUAUGAAGAAAUGGACGAGUCUCAUGUGAUGUAAAAAGAUAAUCUCUCUAUAAAGGAAAAUAGCCUUUUCAACCAUGAAAGUAUCUUUUAUUCUACAGCUUAUUAUUCACUGAAUGUAACGUAUAAUCAGUCCAUGAAAAAGAUACCGGGACCCUGAGAGAAACCGACGAGUCUGCCGCCGCGCGUCUCAUGCACAUUCAAACGCACAGAUCGUAUUCGUUCUUUUUCCUGAAUGUUUUCCCGAACGGUAGUCCGGCGUACAAUCGCGGGAAGAAACGCGAAACGUCGCGCGGACAGUCUUAAUGGCGAAAGAAAUAUUUUCUAUGGAGAAGAGCUGAAAACAGGCGCAAUCGAUGAUUAGCUCGUAAUCCGGUCGAUGUUUUCGUGAGUCUACCUUUAGGAGUCGUAUACUUAGAACCGCGUUUACCCGACUAUGUCGGAUAAUAUUACACAUUUACCUGUAUUUCUCCCCUCCCUCCCCAAGAAAAAAACUUCGCACUAUCAGUAACGUUGUACUCGUAAUAAUAUUAAGUCGUAUCGUGGAGUUGCAGAAAGAAAUUGCAUCUUAAUGUAGGAGGAUUGUCACAUCGUAAACAUCAAAGAAGGAGGAAGUUUCGCUUCGCUAGCUUAUAUUCUCAGAGAUAUAUAGUGUUAUAUAAAUAUAUAUAUGCGUAUAUACAAUGACAAUGAAUAAAACAUGAGGCACUUUAAUUCUUAGUGGAAAAAAAAUAAAAUCUAGGUGUGCGUAUUGUUCGUUUAAUGAAGCAAACAAAGAAAAAGGAGACGAAGAAACGGGAGAAAAACCCGAAUGAGUAAUAAGAAAGUGGGAAAAGUUAUUCAAGUAUCGCGGAAAUCGCUCUGUUAAGUAUUUAAUCGCGGAAAUCGCUCUAUCGAGUAAUAAUAUCGUGGAAAUCGCUCCGUUAACUGUACUAACGUUAAUGAAAUCGUAAUACUAAAUAUAUAAUUGUGUCUGUGGCUACCCCGUUACGUGAAAUAUUACUCUGUGGAAAUUCGUUAAUAUUAAUCGUUACUCGUCGGAGGAAGCGCAACGUUAAAGCGACGCUCGUUCGAGAUCGCGCAAAGUUAAAGCGACGCUCGUUCGAGAUCGCGCAACGUUCUUUCCAAAGUGUGGGAGACGCAUUAAUUCGUCGAGAUCGACGAACCCGCGUUCGAGAUUGUGACAACGUUUAUGAAAGCGCGAUCGUGUGUAGGAAGCGCCAAGUUGAGCGUUUUGAGAAAAUCACAUCGCAUACGAUACAGCAACAGGAAGCAACGGUGAUGCUCUAAUCUUAGUAUGCGUAGAGAGUACCUGUCAACUGUCUCGUUAACAAGAAAGAGAAAAAAGAAAGUGGAAAAGUGAGAGAAGCUCUCAGCGAACCGUCGCUUUUCACGCCACUGGUGCUAUAAUCGCCGAGAGAGUCCCCUGAAGGCAUUAUUACGAUAUUGUAAUCUUCUAACUCUCGAUACUUCCCAGAAAUCAAGGAAAAGAAAAACGUUAACCUACCUGUGUAAGUGAAACUCAAAACAUAUCAUGCGAAAUGCCUAAUGCAUUUAAGAGAGUUCUAAAUAUGAAUGUUAACUACGAGAGAUAUAUAUAUAUAUAUAUUAUACACAUAUAUAUCCUAUUGAAAUUAUAUUUUUAUCUUCGAUCCGUAUGUGUAUACCUAAGCUCUCUAUAUAUUUACACAGUAUUCAUAUAUUUUCUCGAGGUGUAUAUAUAUAAAUGUAUAUAUAUACCUAUAAAGUAACAUAUACAUAUACCCGCCCAGCUAUACCGUACAUAUGUGAUGUUCUAACGUGAACUCGCGGCUUAACAAUGAUUUUCUCAUUGAUGAUUUUGCACGCGUACGCGUGCUGACUUAUGUGUUGUCUUAUGUGCGAAAUUAUUUACAGAUCGAUAAAACAAUUUUGAUCGUAUUUUCCAAUCGAUUGUCGACGUAUGCGCGAUGCCUCGUUUACCCAAAGUCAGUUUUAUGAAUAUUUCCCAAAGGGUAUAGAUGUUUAAAAUGAAGAUAUGUGGAGCUUAAGAAUGUUCGACCAUGAACUGGUCUUUCGCUGAUUGUUUGAGACACUAUGAGAGCUAUACAUGGCAUAAUGUCAAUUAUAAAUAUUACAAGCACUUCGCCAAUUUCAAUAUAUAAAUCCUAUUAUUUACUCAGUCAAUAAGUAUGAAAUGGAGUUUCUCCAAAUGUGCAUUGACGUUGUAAUUGUUUAUGAUGCAAUAUGUUAGUAUCAUAUAUCCUUUCUCACAUGUAAAACGAUACUCUAAAUGUUUGCGAAAAGUCUGUAUAUUAUGAGAUCGAUUGCUGAUUUCUACAGUGGCCAUGCGUCACGUCUCCAUUCCGAUCAAAGUUCGUAUAUAUCGCAUAACUUCCUAUACAUAUAUAUUUUUUCUCAAAGAUCUCUGUUUCUCUGCUGAUUAUCUCCUUUCUCUUAGUCGGGCUAAGGAAAUGAUUGAAGUAAAAUUGAAAUGUUGUGAACUGCACACAAAACAAAAUACAUAUCAUAGCCUGUAAGACUCUUUGCCUUGUAAGGAAGUUCGGACGCAUGUUCACAAAGCAGAACACAAAGUGUGGUGGCGAAUAGAUACCUACAUAUGUACGAGCUAUUGCACGUCUUAAGAGAAUUCGGCCGCUCGGCCGUUGAGUCGAAAGUACCUCUAUCGAAAGAAUUAAUUAAUCCCAGCGUAAACUUUAUGUGUAUGACAUAUAUGUAAAUGUGUAUCGUUCAAAAUUACAAUAUUAAAAAAAAAAGUUCUAAUAGCUAAAUGUGAAAUACAUGAUGGUGCAUACGAAAUAAACCGAAUAUAUUUCUGUCAUUC